UGACACCUGACACCUGAACCUGAGACCUGAACCUGAGAGACCAGUGCAUUCUGGGAAAUGAAGUCCAGCUGAGCUGAUCUGUCUCUGCAGGUCUGAGGGAUGAGGUACUGCAGUACUCGUGGGGGGGUCCGGGGACUGGACUUUAAGGAGGUCCUGUUCUCAGGUUUUGCUCCUGAUGGGGGGAUGUUUAUGCCAGAGACGGUCCCGGUCCUCAGUCCGGACACCCUGAGGAGCUGGAGGGGUCUGCCGUACUCCAGACUGGUCCUGGAGGUCUGCUCUCUCUUCAUCCCAGCAGACCUGGUCCCCAGAGACCACCUGGAGGGUCUGGUCUCAGAGGCUCUGUCGGGCUUCUCCGUACCUGAGGUGGUCCGGAUACGUGGACUCAGAGACGGUCUGUGGGUCCUGGAGCUGUUCCACGGGUCCACGUUGGCCUUCAAGGACCUGGCUAUGACCUGCACCGUCCAGUUCACCAACUACUUCCUGCAGCAGGAGAACCGCAGAGCYGUGGUUCUGGUUGGGACAUCUGGAGACACGGGUGGUUCUGCUGUCCACAGUUCUAAAGGUCUUCCUGGUCUGGAUGUCCUGGUGGUUUUUCCUCGGGGCCGCAUCACGGCGGUGCAGGAGAGACACAUGUCCACCUGUUUGGAGGACAACGUCCACGUSUUCUCAGCUGAMGGCAGCUCAGACGACAUCGACCAGUCUCUCCGUCGUCUCUUCGCUGAUCAGGACCUGGUCUCGUCUCAGAACCUGAUGAGCCUCAACUCUGUCAACUGGUCCAGGGUCAUGGUCCAGGUGGCCCACUUCCUGUACGCCUACCUGGAGCUCAGCGGGCUGGAGAGGACCGAGGCGGGGCCGGACCUGCCGGAGCUGGAGGUGGUGGUUCCAACUGGGGGGGCGGGGAACAUCACAGCUGCCUACAUCUUGAAGCUGAUGGGUGUACCUCUGAAACUGGUUGCCAUGGUGAACGCUAACGACGUCGUUCACCGGACCGUGACCAGUGGAGACUUCUCCAUGGCCUCAGCCGUCACACGGACUCUGGCUCCGGCUAUAGAUAUUCAG